GGGGCGGCGGCCCGGCUCGGCGACGCGGGGCCCGGCGGGGACGCAGCGCAGCAGCCCGGCCGGCCGUGCCCGGCAGCGGGGCGCCCGCCGCGCCGCACCCAUGUUCGACACCACCCCCCACUCUGGCCGGAGCACGCCCAGCACGUCGCCGUCCCUCCGGAAGCGGCUGCAGCUCCUGCCCCCGAGCCGCCCCCCGCCAGAGCCAGAGCCGGGCACCAUGGUGGAGAAGGGGUCUGACAGCUCCUCGGAGAAAGGCGGGGUGCCCGGGACACCCAGCACCCACAGCCUGGGCAGCCGGAACUUCAUCCGCAACAGCAAAAAGAUGCAGAGCUGGUACAGUAUGCUGAGCCCCACCUACAAGCAACGCAACGAGGACUUCCGGAAGCUGUUCAGCAAGCUCCCGGAAGCCGAGCGCCUCAUCGUGGAUUACUCCUGUGCCUUGCAGCGCGAAAUCCUCCUCCAGGGCCGCCUCUAUCUGUCCGAGAACUGGAUCUGCUUCUACAGCAACAUCUUCCGCUGGGAGACGACAAUUUCCAUCCAGCUGAAGGAAGUGACGUGUCUGAAGAAGGAAAAGACGGCCAAGCUGAUCCCCAACGCCAUCCAGAUCUGCACGGAGAGCGAGAAGCAUUUCUUCACCUCCUUCGGGGCCCGGGACCGCUGCUUCCUCCUCAUCUUCCGCCUCUGGCAGAAUGCGCUGCUUGAAAAGACGCUGAGUCCCCGCGAGCUCUGGAACCUGGUGCAUCAGUGCUAUGGCUCAGAGCUGGGCCUCACCAGCGAGGAUGAGGACUACGUCUGCCCCUUGCAGCUGAACGGGCUGGGGACUCCCAAGGACGUGGGCGACGUGAUUGCCCUGAGUGACAUCGCCCCAGCAGCAGCGGCUGACCACAGCCAGGAGCCCAGCCCCGUGGGCUCACGCCGGGGCCGUGUCACCCCCAGCCUCUCCCGGGCCAGCAGUGAUGCAGACCACGGGGCAGAGGAGGACAAGGAGGAGCCGCCAGACAGACAGCCAGAAGCCUCCUCCAGCCAGACAGUGACCCCAGUGGCCGAACCCGCCAGCUCAGAGCCCACCCCACCUGACGGGCCCACCUCCCUGGGCCCCUUGGAGCUCCUGCCCAGUGAGGAAGUGUUAACGGACACGAGUAACUCCUCCUCGUCCACCGGGGAGGAUGCCGAUCUGGCCGCGCUGCUUCCUGACCUCUCGGGCCGCCUCCUCAUCAACUCCGUCUUCCACGUGGGCGCCGAGCGGCUGCAGCAGAUGCUCUUCUCAGACUCACCCUUCCUGCAGGGCUUCCUGCAGCAGUGCAAGUUCACAGAUGUGACCCUGAGCCCCUGGAGUGGGGACAGCAAGUGCCACCAGCGCCGCGUGCUGACCUACACCAUCCCAAUCAGCAACCCACUGGGCCCCAAGAGCGCCUCUGUGGUGGAGACGCAGACGCUGUUCCGGCGCGGCCCACAGGCCGGUGGGUGUGUGGUGGACUCGGAGGUGCUGACUCAGGGCAUCCCGUACCAGGACUACUUCUACACGGUGCACCGCUACUGCAUCCUGAGCCUGCCCCGCAACAGCCGGCUCCGCGUGUCCUCCGAGAUCCGCUACCGGAAGCAGCCCUGGAGCCUGGUGAAGUCUCUCAUCGAGAAGAACUCCUGGAGCGGCAUUGAGGAUUACUUCCACCACCUGGAGCGGGAGCUGGCCAAGGCCGAGAAGCCGUCCCUGGAGGAGAGCGGGAAGGACGCGCGGGGGCUGCUGUCAGGUCCGCGGAGGCGAAAGCGGCCCCUGAGCUGGAGGGGCCACGGUGAUGGCCCCCAGCACCCCGACCCCGACCCCUGUGCCCGGGCUGGCAUGCACACUUCAGGUUCCCUCAGCUCCCGCUUCUCGGAGCCGCCCGUGGACCAGGGUCCCGGGGCUGGCCUCCCCAGCGCCCUGGUUCUCAUCAGCGUCGUCCUCGUGGUCCUCAUCGCCCUCAACGUCCUCCUCUUCUACCGCCUCUGGUCCCUGGAGAGGACGGCCCAGACCUUCGAGUCCUGGCACAGUCUGGCCCUGGCCAAGGGGAAGUUCCCGCAGACGGCGUCCGAGUGGGCCGAGAUCCUGGCGCUGCAGAAGCAGUUCCACAGCGGUGAGGUGCGCAAGUGGCGUCAGAUCCUCCGCGCCUCCGUGGAACUCCUGGAUGAGAUGAAGUUUUCCCUGGAGAAGCUGCAGCAAGGAAUCAGCGUCUCAGAGCCGCCCUUCGACGCUCCACCCCGGUCAGACGACAGCCUCUCCUGAGGACCCUGGGCCGUGCAGCCAUCUCUCCUCACCCCUUCCCAUUUUUCCCCCACGGACAGAGGGACACAGAGCCUCGGCGGCCACUGCUGGCACGGUGUGAGCGCCAGGGGCCUCCGCGCACCCUCCCGGGGCCUCGCCGACACGGGGGGACCACAGGCCCGAGAUGCACUUUAGACCAGCGUGCGCGUGUCCCGCCGCCACUGCCUGCUCGGCCUGGGGGCUGGCCCGGCCCUCCUCCGGCCCCCGCUAACUUAUUCUGCCCAGCCUGGGGGUGGGGGGUGCCUCCCAGGGGCGCACCGUUCCCUCAGCUCUGAGGUUAAUGUAUUAUAUUUAUUGGGGGCCGACAGAGCCCUAAUAAAGGGUUGGAUAUGGCUGUG